AUGUAGAAAAUUUUAAGAUUGGGGAUUCUAUUAAAGUAAAUGUGCCAAUUUUAAGAUUGUUUUAUAUAUAAUAGAGAUCAUUGUUUAAGUUUCUAAUGUGUAUUUAAUGAUAGGAUAUCCUUUGAAAUAAGAGAUCUUAUAAAUUAUAUAUUAACUAAAUUGAAUGUAAUAAUAAGAGUAAAAAAGAUACAUAUUGUAAAUGGAAAUAAUAAAAAUUAAUUGAAAUUGUUAGGAUAUUUAAAGAUGAGAAGAUUUACCAAUAUAUUUAUUAGAUAAUAAAUAAUGCAAUUAAGGUCUGUAAAGAUGUAAAGUAAAUGUAAUAAAUAAGAGUUGUAUUAAUCAGAUGGAAUAAUGCACUGAUUACAUGUAAGAAAGUUAAUAUUAUUCAACUCUAAAUAUUAAGAUAUGUUUUUGGUAAAAAGUAGAAGGGAUAUGUUUGGAGAAAUUAUGUGAUGACUUUGUUUUUAAGAUUGAUUAGAUCAUAAUUAAAAGAAUUUAUGAUAUAAUGAGAUAUAGUUCUUAUUUAAAUGUAAUGUCUUAUUAAUAUAUAAAAGUGUAACAUAAUUAUACAACAAAUAGAAUUCAUUGUAUAAUUAGAACUACUUGAAAUGAUGCUAAAAGUGAAGUAGGAUGCACAACAGAUUAACUAGGAAAUAAAUAUAAAUAUUACUAAGGUAAAUGUUACAAUAAAACAUGUUAAACUACUUAGAAAACAACCAAUACUUAUAUUAGGUGUUAAGAUUAUGAUCAAAUAUUGGAUUAAGUUAUAUCUGAAAAUAGAGGUAGUAAGUAUAGAUCUACUAUUUGUUCUGAAUAUGUUGGAAAAAAAGAUUGUUACUCUAUAAAAGAUUAAAGUUGUAUUUGGAUUAAUCAAAAAUGUUAAUUAAAAUAAUGUUAUACUGCAUCAUCACCAUUUGUAAACGAUGAUUGUAAAUAAUUUGGAAAUUGUAUGGCAAAUUUAGGAGGUGAUUGUAUUUCAAAACCAUUAUAAUGUGAAGUUAUCUAUUUAGCGGUUGGCUGUGAUAUAAAUUCAUAUAAGGAGAGAAAUUAAAUUUGGUUAAAUAUUAAAUUAUAUAGUACUAUUUAAUCAAAUAUAAGUUUAUUUUACAAUUCAUUUGAGUUAUUUGAAUGUUUUUAUAGUUAUAUAAAUUUCUAAAUAGUAAUUAAAUAAAUUUGUAAUUAAUUAAAACUAUCACAUUAUUUCUAGUAGUUAAGCUUGUCAAAUUCUCAAUCCUAAUUGUAUAUUUAAUAUUUAAUAAUUUGGCUUUAUAGAUUUGAGUUGUGAUCAUAUAUCUAACAUAAAAGAUUGUAUGCCAGAAUGCACAAUAAAUGUUUUUUCUUAAUCUUUUAAUUUAUAAGUUUUGGCAGGCUGCAUCAAAAAGUUUGAAUAAUGUCAAUUAUAUUCAAAGGAACAAUGUUUUAAAACUAUAAAAGGUUAUUUUUGUAGAUGGGAUAUUUCGAAACUCUCACCCCAUUUAACAAGAUAUUUUUUUAUUAAUAAUAUUAUUUUUGAGUUAUAUUAAUUCAAGUUUAUUUCUUGA